AUGCAUUUUCCUUCUCCCCUAGAGGACUAUGCCCUCUUUAACCACACCCUUCAGAAUAUAACUGACAUAUCAGUGGAAAACUGUCAAGUAAAGUGCUAUGUGAACCAAGCAUGUCGUGCUGUGAACUAUAAGAAAGGCGCGAAUCUCGGGAGCUGUGAACUGCUGUCUGCCAAAGCUGGAUCCUUCCCUAUAGAUCUGCUAAAGUUCCCAGGAUUCGACUACUACGGCCCCAAUGAGAUAUGUGUCCCGAAUCCUUGUCCAUCUGCCAACAUGACCUGCGUUGAGUUAAAGGGGACUCCAAGAUACAGAUGUGAGUGUCCGCAGGGAUACACCGGUGCCGCAUGUGAAACAGAUAUCGACGAAUGCUCUACUGGAAGUCACAACUGUCACGCAAACGCCACUUGCAGCAACAUCGCGGGCUCCUUCACAUGCCUUUGCAAGCCCGGGUAUACCGGCAAAGGAACAAGUUGUACAGAGCUCACUAGCGCGCAUCUUGGGUGUUAUAAAGACACAAAUGACCGUGCCAUAGAUGGUCAAGUACGCGGGGUUGAUUCAUUCUUGGGAUGCUUUCACUACGCUAGCAGCCGAGAUUACAGUGUCUUCGCGAUGCAGUACCGUACCCAGUGCUUCACCGGUCCGCUCGCGCACGUGACCUAUAGCAAGUACGGCCCUUCAUCUGCUUGCAAUAAUGGCACCGGGGGAACCUGGGCUAAUGACGUCUAUUCAAUAGUCCUGGUCGCAAAGUAAUAAAAUUCAAGAUCAGUCGUGAUCCAAUUCUCUGGAACCCACUACCAAACUACCGCACCGCUGCUGAAAGUAUCCAUAAAUGGUCACUCGAAAAAAAAAAAAAA